GUUUUUACAGUAUAGUAAUCUAGGAACGAGUUAGCCAUUUCCGAACACCCCGAAGAAGAUGGCGUCCGACACAUCCUUCUGGAUUAAGUUUUUCACGGAGUGCGGUAUACCAGCUGGAGAGGCCACUAAUUAUGCCAUCAUCUUCACUGACCACAGGAUUCAGAAAGACAUGCUGAUAGACCUCACGAAAGAGUACCUCAAAGACAUGGGAAUCACUGUACUUGGUGAUGUCAUUGGCAUCCUCAAGCAUGCAAAGGAAGUCCAUUCCCAGAAUGCCCGUGACAAGGUUCUAAAGGGGGCUGUAGUAGGAAGAACUUCUUCUCCCAUUCCUAAACGGUCAACAGCUGCAAGUAGAACAGUGAACCACUACCUUGGUAAAGAUCCAGAUGCUGCACCGAUGAGUCAACCAAUUGUGCCAAAGCUGUCCAAGGAGCUCUCCGCCAGACUAGGUGAAGUACCAGAAUCAGAAUCUCCUAGAUCUAACAAUAAUGUUGUAAAGUUAAAUAAACGUCUAGAAGAAGAAGUGCCCGUCCCAAAGUCUCGACGUGUUUUACCUGAACACGAGGGCAGGUAUAAAAUUACCAUGCCAGCUGGAACUACAGCAAAAACUCAGAAAAUUUUACAACAGGGUGUCCCCACAGGAAGAAGGAAUCCAAAUGUCUUUGACAGACUUGGAGAAGAAUCUCCAAAAACCACUGGUGCUGCUAAAUCAUCUUCACCGAUCACAUCCUCUGUAUUCAAUCGACUUGGUGGAAAGACAGCAGUGAAACGUCCAGCCACAUCAACAUCAGUAGAAUUAGACUCCGAUCUAGACGACCCUCCUCUGGAGUAUGCGGGAAUCCUCAAGGCAUCACCGACACCGACCAAAAAGACGAAGGUCACCAUCACAAACAAUAAGAAGUAUGCUUCGCUUGGGAAGAUAACUAUAUCCAAUAAAACUGUGACAAAUGCUGCUGGAAAAACUGUGCAAAAGACUGUCACAACCAAAAAACUACUACUGACCAAAAAACCGGUGACUCCCAGUCCACUAUCAUCAUCAGCGGCUAUGGAUAAGGCAGGGGAAGGUACAAGUGUCAGACACAGACUGGGGAAAAAGGUGGGCCUCCCAGUGGUAUCCAGCACCACCGACAUUGUGGACACCCCAAAAGUUAACACAGCAGGCAUAACAAAAAGACUGGGCGGACAGAAAUCUGAUGUCAGUUCUAGCAGUGGUGUGUUCAGCAGGCUAGGAAAAGCUGUCUAACUCAGAGCAAGUGUAACUCAUAGGUAUACAAGAUAGACAACAGUCUCACAGGCUACAGCAUGGAGAGCUACAUGUAUAGAUGAUUGAGUAUUAUGGUGUAAUCAAGUAAAUCCCAAAUAUACAUGAACAUGUAUAUAUAGAGUUCUUAGCAAGGGCAUUAUUACUUAGAAUGGCAGUGCUAUAUAACCUUUGCAUUGUUAAUGAGCAGUAUGAAGACAUAGAGGGAUAUUAUAGGUUUAUUGUAAGUGUGGUAAAUGUCAAUGAUUUUUUUUUUUAUUAUGGUUUGGAAAAGAAUAUAUAUGUACAUGUAUGUCGUUAUUUUAUUCUAUACUACAUGUAUAUGUUCAUCAUGACAUUGGGUUUAGGAAAUUCCCACAAAAAUAUCAUGGUGCGUUAUGUUUUGAACAUAUGUACAAUGUACAUUAUGUUUUUGUACAUUUCUUUUAAGAAAGUAAUUGUUUGACAUUACAUUUUUAUUUACCGGUAUGCCAGCCAGCUUGAGUUAAAUGGGGAGAAUAAUUUAACUUGACAUACCACAGUAAUAUUAGAUAAGAAGUAAUUUCAUUAAUCAUUUAAAAUCUUACUUUUACACCUUAUCAGUAUUUUAAAGUGUUGUAUACAAGAAACUAACUUUCCUCUGUUUGCAGCUAUUGUGGGAAUAGAAAUCGCAAAAAAAAAAGUGUUCAUUUCUAAAAAGUAAAAACAAUCAUGGCAGGAAGUCAGUGUGAACAUGGAAGACAUGUAAACUUAUUAAAAAAAAAUAUAAACAAGGAAAAUUGGUCACACUAUACAUCAUUGUUAACUCUGAAUUGCUGCAAACCAUGAAUAUAUAAAAAUUAUAAUGUAGUAAUUGCAGUGAGAAUUAAUGAUUGUGUUUGUACAUUUAUGUUUAUUUAUCACAUAGGAACAUGUUCUUACUGUUCAAUGUGUAUCUUACUGUUAAAUGUGUACAGAGCAGCUGUAUUGUGUUAAGAGACUUGUUCCUAAAUCUACCAGGGCCAUAGUACAUGUACAUUUGGACUUUAGACUUAAAAGUAAUUGAAGGGUUGUUAUAAGGGGGACUUAAUGAACAGGUUUCUGAGAUUUCCUUUUAUAUCUGAAUAUGGUUGUUUUAUUAAAUUGUUCAAUAUUGUUUCAAUUUACUAAAUAUUAUUGAUGGGUCACUUUACUAAAUAUAUAAGGGCCAUAUAUAAAAAAGAAUUUAUAAGCAAUAGAAAGCUGGAAGUAGUGUAGUAAUAUUAAUUUAUUAGCACUCUGCAAUGAAGUAAUUGGUGAAGUUGUUGGUGAAGUUGUCCUCUUAGAACAUGGUUGCUUUUUUCUUUACAAUGAUUUUGUUGACUUUAUUCUGUACAAAAAUUUUGUUGUAUUAAAUUUAUUGUAUAUGAUGCCGUAGAAAUUGAUUAGUUAAUCAUAUAAAUCUGUCUCAGAAUAAAGAUGUCAGAAUCUCCAGUUGACAAUUUUAACUGUAAUAACAGACCCUAAACUUUGUGACUGUCCACAGAACAGUGAGUUAUUCCCAGAUUUUUGUUUUAAAAUAUGGAUUACAGAUUGACCUCCAAAAGUUAUGCUUCCAUGUUAUGCUCCAAAUUUUAAUUCUUCCUUAAAUACACUUAUAUAUAGAUAUUCAUGUUGUGGUUUAGCAUGAUACAUUCUUUCAAAAUGGAUAUUAAUGUAACAGUAAUUUUUUUUUUCAUUUUAAAGUUUCUAAUAUACAUUAAAAAAUAAAACAUAAAAUUGUUUCACUUGAAAUUCAUUAUUUACUGUAAAUCACAAUUUAUUUAUGAGAACUUGAAUUUUGCAAAAUUUCAAAGGAACAAAAAGUGCUAGUGAAUAUUUUAACAAGAAAAUAUGCAAAUUUUGUCGUACAAAGGAUACUCAAAAAUUAAGUGUCAUGAAUAAAAACAGUUUUUGUCUCUCAAAGUAUAAUACAUGUAUAUUCACUAUGUAAUUCACAGUACAUGCAAUUCAUAGAAUGUUAACUCAUUUUGUAAAUGAAAUGUUUUGUGAUCCUAAAAAUAACUUGAAAAAUGAAUUAAAUAAAUAUUAUUCUGUUUUUA